AUGGCCGAGGCUCACUUUACUGCUCCUCUCAGCCAGGGCUUUGGCUACGGUAUCGUGGUCGGCCUGGGAUUCGCCUUUGCGUUGUUGAUGAUCUUCAUCACAUGGGCUUUGAAACGAUACCAGCAUGAAGUCCAAACCUCAGAAAUGUUCUCCACUGCUGGUCGAACUGUCAAAUCUGGUCUGGUGGCGUCGGCAGUUGUCAGUAGCUGGACAUGGGCUGCAACUCUCCUACAAUCGUCCACUGUCGCCUACGAAUACGGAGUAUCUGGUCCAUUUUACUAUGCAGCUGGUGCCACAGUACAGAUUCUCCUUUUUGCGACUCUGGCCAUUGAAUUGAAACGGCGUGCACCCAAUGCUCACACUUUUCUCGAAGUUAUUCGAGCUAGAUAUGGCACCGUGGUGCAUUGUGUGUUUAUCGUGUUUUGUCUCAUGACUAACAUUCUGGUGACGGCUAUGCUGUUGACUGGAGGAUCUGCCGUGCUCAAUGCAUUAACCGGCAUGUCGACACCGGCAGCCUGCUUCUUGCUUCCCAUCGGUGUGGUCUUGUAUACUGUCUUUGGCGGAAUUAAAGCAACUUUUAUUACUGACUACCUGCAUACUAUUGUCAUUGUCGUGAUUAUUUUCACAUUUGCGUUCAAUACAUAUGCAGUGAGCCCCACAUUGGGAUCACCUGGCAAGGUGUAUGAUAUCUUGACGGCAGCUGCCAAAGCUCGCCCAGUGGAUGGCAACUCCGGUGGUAGUUAUCUGACCAUGCAUUCUCGCGAAGGUGGCAUUUUCUUCGUCAUCAAUCUGGUUGGUAACUUUGGAACCGUCUUUCUGGACAAUGGGUACUAUAACAAGGCCAUUGCCGCUAGUCCCGUCCACGCAUUCCCCGGAUACGUUAUCGGGGGUUUGUGUUGGUUCGCUAUCCCCUGGCUCUGCGCUACCACUAUGGGGCUGACGGCGCUCGCUUUGCAGGGAGAUGCGCUCCUCAGCUCAACUGACGUCACUGCUGGUCUUGUCUUGCCGUAUGCCGCAGUGCAGAUGAUGGGCUACGGCGGUGCGGUUGCUACAACAUUGAUGGUCUUUAUGGCCGUGACUUCUGCGUUCUCCGCGCAAUUGAUUGCUGUCUCUUCGGUGUUUACAUAUGAUAUCUUCCAAGCAUACAUCCAACCAUCAGCAAAGGGCAAGAGGCUUGUGUGGAUUUCUCAUAUGGCCUGUGUUGUUUAUGCAUUGAUCAUGGCUGGAUUUGCUACGGGUCUCUAUUAUGCAGGUGUCGGAAUGGGAUACUUGUACUUGCUUAUGGGUGUGAUCAUCUCGUCCGCAGUUAUCCCUGGUUCUUUGAGUCUAUUGUGGAAUGGCCAGAAUUGGGUUGCAGCUGCAGUGUCGCCUCCACUGGGUCUAGCUUGUGCUUUGAUAGCAUGGUUGGUAACGACUAAAUCGCUGUAUGGUGAAAUGAACGUCACCACUACCGGAUCCAACUACCCCAUGCUUGCAGGCAACGUUGUCGCCCUCCUCAGCCCGCUCAUCUUCAUCCCCAUCCUUACUCUUAUAUUUGGCCAACAAAACUACGACUACGAAUCAAUGCGCAACAUCCGCAAGGUUGACGACUCCGACGUCGCCGCAGACGCGCACGUCGAUCUAGAACUGAUCCCGGGCGAAACAACUAACGCACAGGACAUGACCGAAGAAGAAACCCGAAAACUCAACCGAGCCGCUUUUUAUGCACGCACACUCACCGUGAUAAUGACAUUGUGUUUGCUGAUUUUGUGGCCCAUGCCCAUGUACGGAUCAGGGUAUGUCUUUAGUAAGAAGUUUUUCACGGGCUGGGUUGUUGUUGGCAUCAUUUGGUUGUUUUGCACUGCGUUUGGAGUGGUGAUUUUCCCGUUGUAUGAGGGCAGGAAUAGUAUUGUGUAUACUGUUCGGGCUAUGUGGUUGGAUGCCACGGGGAAGAAGAAGCCGGUCAAUGCGAUUCAUGUGGACAGGGAGGAAAGUGGUGGAACAUCGCGAGCGUCACCGACGCCGGAUGAGAAGUUGUCUGUCAAGACUUGAUCUGACUUCGAUCAGUCUCGGAAUACUUACGCUAAUGCUAUGCUAUGCUAUGCGCCAAUGAAGCUAAUAUACAUGUUCUAUAUUCUGUUCUAU